GAAAACAGCACAAUAAUUAGGUUAUAAAUCGCAUGUCAUGGCAACGCAUUUGAACGAACGGCUUGGGUAGGUGUCAAUCAGUUUUGACGAACUUCACGGCUAUUUCAGACAUGUCUUUACAUAUCCUAAGUGUUCUUUGUUGUCUAAUUAAAUGGACAAUCUUUCCUGAUACAUGAAACAGUUACAAAGUAGGGCAUUGUGUUUUGGUAAUUAGACGCCAUUCACACGGGAUCACGUGACUCGUCAAAUUACCUGUGCAGACACCCUCUUUGAAACACAGUUUUGUGUAUCAUUUUGUCUGAAGGAUGGAUAUAUUGAAUCUACCAUACUAGAUGUUAAUUCGGGAUUAUAUACGGAUUUCUUGUUAAUGUUUGUGAUGUAAUGAGUUAAGCAGUGGGAGAUAGGCAUCUUUACCUGCAUCAGAUUAGGAUAUCUUUAUCCAAUGAACCGCAACCGUGUGUCUCCUUUUGGGGAAAACCCACCCCCUUAUUAUUCCUACGGGGAGGAAGUAGAGAAAUUUGAUGACUACUACGAUGACGCUUUGAAUUCUGUAGUCAGUGGGGAGAACAUCCCAACAAAGAAGAACCCCAUCAUUGACAAUGUCAACGACUCGGUCCUCAGACGUCGCCGGUCCAGAAGGAGUGCGCGAAAAUUACGACGUCACCAGCAACUGCUGGAGGGGGAGAGUAAUGAGCCUGACGUCAUCGUAGAUGACGACGACGAUGAUGACGACGAGGAUGAUUUACGUACACGAAUAGAGCAGAAGAAGGGCCCCGGUCACUGGACGCCGUUUCUACACGAGAGAAGGGCUAAACUAUUACAGAAGGAGAUAAAGCAAUCGAGUGGCUGCUGUGGAGGCUCAAACACUAACCGACAGAACUGGAGAAAAUUCAAGAUAUGGAAAAAGGAAAUGAGCUACAAACUGGAGCCGUGGGGGUCCUGGCUGAAGAAUGUGGAAGGUCACCAGGGUACCGGCGUAGUGUCCUAUUUUGUAUUCCUCCGCUGGCUGUUUUUCCUGAACCUGGUCAUCUUCAUUCUGAUGCUGCUCUUUGUCACCAUUCCGUACGUUGCGUUUUCAAACAACGGUUACACGUACGUGGUCACGGGGUCCGGUGUUUCCGGGAUGAGCGUCGCCUCCGAACAAACCUGCUCACCCCUGUACCAAGUAAACGUCAGCUCUGAUGCCAAGACGCUGAUGCAGGACUUUCUACAAGGCUCAGGAUGGAUGGAGAAGACUGCCAUGUUUUACGGUUUCUACGACAGUCAAGAUCUAAACUCCUUUGUUGCAGGGCACUACAGCUUGCCCCUGGCAUACCUUCUGACGUCACUGGUCAUCCUUCUCUUCAGUUUAAUCACCAUGGCAAGAUACACGAUGCAGAGUUUCCGUGAGAAUUUGGAGGACCAGAACGAGAAACACCAGUAUUGUAACCGAGUGUUUGGGGGCUGGGACUUCGCUCUCAGUGAGGAAGGGACAGCUCUACUCAAACACAGGAGUCUGUACAAAGACCUCGCGGGGGAGUUGGCGGAACAGCGCCAUCAUGAGGCGAGGAAGAAUAUGUCGAGUAACGAUAAAUGCAAGCUGUACACGAUCAGGUUCUUUAUCAACUUCAUGGUGAUUUGCAUUCUGGGAGGAUCCGGUUACCUCAUCUACUGGGUCACCGACUGGGUCACCAGCUUUUUGGCGGAUCCCAAUUAUAAGACCGAUAACGACGCCAUCGUUGUGCUUCUGGUUGAGUUCUUGCCCUCUUUGACAAUCACGGCGCUCAACGGACUCGUACCACUGAUUUUUGGAAUUGUGGUCAAGGCGGAAAAUUACACACCCGAAUUUACGAUAAAAAUCACACUUAUAAGGACAGUGUUUCUGAGGCUGGCCUCCUUAGCUGUGCUGAUAGCCACCAUUUAUCGCAUCGUCUCGUGUACCGACAAAGACACUACGUGUAACGUGGGACAAAAUGCCUGCGAUUCAUUGAGGUGUUGGGAGACGUACGUUGGUCAGAACUUCUUCAAAUUGAUUGUUCUGGAUUUCCUGGUCAAAGUAGGCGUCACACUUGGAUACGAAUUACCGAGAAAAAUACUGACAACAAAAUGUGACGCGGCGAUAUGCAAAAAAGUUGGACCCGCUGAGUUUGACAUUCCUAAAAACGUCUUGGAUAUUGUGUAUACACAGACUCUUUGCUGGUUGGGAUUUUUCUAUGCGCCCCUCAUCCCUGCACUGGCAACGAUAUCUAUGUUCGUAUUGUUUUACCUGAAAUAUCUGUCGGCUAUGUAUAACACCAACCCUCCCGAGAUUCCAUACAAAGCGUCCAAGUCCAACAACUUCUUCAUGAUAGUGCUAAUGAUUGCCUUCUUCUUGUGUUGUCUACCAGUCGGCUACACUAUGGUCAAACUGACUCCCUCAUAUGGGUGUGGCCCAUUCAGGAUCUACUCCUACAUGACUGUCUGUGUAGACGCCACCAUUUCUAACUUCCCGAGUUGGCUACAAACCAUUAUAGGAAUCUUCACAUCCGGGUCCUUUAUCAUCAUUCUCCUCGUGCUUCUUUCGUUGAUUAUUUACUAUACGUCGUCAAAAUCAGGCGCACGCGCGAAAAUGAUUGUGAUGCUAAAAGAGCAAAUGAUAAUGGAAGGGAAAGACAAGCAGUUUUUGCUAAACCGUAUCUAUGAACUGACGGGAGAGAAACCAGGGGCCAAAAAGAAGGAUAAUAAACGGCCCCCUAGCAACGGCCCUCGGAACGGCCCGCCUCCCUCCGCCGUGAAAACGGUGAAUGAGGUUCACCAGAACGGGAACGUCUCCAAGGAUAAUGAUGAAAUAGAAAAGAAGAUACGGGUUGUCGAGUUAACCCCAGUGGACGAUGUCCCGGAAGUCGUUCCUUACAACGACCCGGAUGAUUCGACCAGGAAGACUGCGGAAACUGCCUUUAAACGGGAAGUAACUCCAGUUGACUGGGACCAAGUACCCGGGGACGAAAACACAAAUAGAACGACAUCAACCGUCACCGCAACGAAUGUAGCAUUUGACUUCUGAUACAAAUGUAGUUUGGGUCCUUGGUUUCUUUGUGUCUCUGUAAUCCAGAAAUCAUUUGUCUCUGAUGGCUUUAUAUAGUAAUUUUUUUUUUUUUUACAUUGCUAUGAUAAUAGGUAUAUUGUUUAUUAUUAAUGACAUGGUGUUUUAUAAUUUCUUUUUUUUUUUAUUUUUUUUUUUGCGCCAAAUACUAUAUUGUGAUAUCUUAAAAUUUCAAUGCAUAUUUAUACAAAUCAUCAGCAUUAUUUAUUUUCUUGUUGAUGUAUGUUUAUACAAUACCCGUCCGUUUGCGUAUUUUUUAACAGUGUACAUUUGAAUACAGACUGCAUAAUAUUGAUAUGCAAUUGUAUCUUCAAUUUAUACACCUAAAUGUAUAAUUGGCAUGCAUAUCUCGCUGUUAAUUAUCUUUGUUAAAUUUGUUAAAUAUGCAUGCUCGGAUCUACUCUUAAAUUACAAAGAAAAAUUAUAGAAAAAACGGUCUUGGACUCCCAUUCCUCCUAGAAGAGAUGGAUAUCCCUCAAACCUCCCUUCUUGGAAAAAAAUUCUAGAUCCGCGCAUGAUAUAUAUAUAUAUAUAUAUAUAUAUAUAUAUAUAUAUAUAUAUAUAUAUAUAUAUAUAUAUAUAUAUAUAUAUAUAUAUAUAUAUAUAUAUAUAUAUAUAUAUAUUUUACAUAUUGAUGGAAUAUUUUACUGAUCUGUUAAUUUAUUACACAUAUGUCACUAAUACUUUUGUUCUUGCCUAUAAAUGCAGUACAUAUAUCAAACACUUUGAUGACCUUAUGUAUAUGUAUAUAAAUGGCGCGAGACCCUUGACGGGCUCCAUUGAGAAAAUCUUUUUUAUUGUGAGUCUUGAGCUGGUCUCAGAUUGUAUCAAUUUGCAUGUCUGUGAUUUAUUGCUGCUGUUAUUUUUUUUAUCAUUUUUAUUCAUAUUUAAUUUUUGCUAAAAUUAAAAACGUGUUCAUGUGUUUUGUUAGUAUAAAAAAGAGGAAAAUUGAACAUGACGUUUUGAAAUGUAUGGGUUUGCAAAUUUAUGAAAUUGUUUUUAUGAAAGUAUGCAAUAACAGUUACUAUUUUUCUGUGAAUAUAAAUAUAUGUUGAUAAUUUUGUCGGUUGGAGAAUGCCGAAGAAUGACUAUUUUCAAUUACAUUCAUGUACAUUGUUUAUAUUCUCCCAAAAGCGGAUGAACUUUAUGUUUCAAUAAAAUUUCAUAACUUUU